AUGGCGUCUCAAGAGACGUUCUACUCGGCCCUGACCAACCGGUCGCUCCGUAAUGUCCGAUCGGAGUUGGAGUUUCUCGCAGAAUCCGCAGUUAUUACUCCUCAGCAGCUCUCGUCCAUUCUAUCACAGCUACCCAACUCUCCCAGCACAACUGAGAGUCAGCGUCAAGUGUCGGCGCCGUCAGACCCAUCUCCAGUGCAGCAACCAGUUCCAACACAGACCCUACCUUCCCCCACUCCGUACUCACCCCCGACCACCCAAUUUGCCAACACCACUCUGAACGAAAAGGCGCAAUAUGGAAUGAACCCACCCCCACCUCAACAGCAUUAUGCGAGCCCACCUCCUGCUUAUCCGCAGGCUCCGACCAUCCUUUCCAUUGCCUCGGCACUUUAUGCAUACAGUCCAACAGACCCUGGGGACCUUGCUCUGCAACCGCACGAUCGUGUGCAAGUUCUUGAGCAUAUGAAUGCCGACUGGUGGCGUGGUCGCAACGAGCGUACGAACCUGGAGGGUAUAUUCCCCCGUAGCUACGUCAAUGUCCUAGACGAGAAGCCCGCUCCAUCAGGUUCCGGCUACGGAAACAUGCCGCUUGAAGUCAGCCAGAGUGGCUCUCCAUCCACACCUGGAAAGGCCAACAAGUUCGAGGAACACGGCAAGAAGUUCGGCAAGAAGAUGGGCAAUGCUGCGAUCUUUGGCGCCGGUGCUACAAUUGGUUCCAACAUCGUCAACAGCAUUUUCUAA